AUGGGUAAAGCCGAGCCUAAUGAGCACUCUGAUUUUCCGGUGAGGCAAACGGAGCAAGAACAUGACUGUAAGGAAUCGGAAUCAGAGCCAGGAGCCUCUCUGACACUGCAUUGUCCGGCGGUAUUGCCCUUUCCAUGCAAAGAGAGGGGUCUUGAUCAGCUUGUCCAUAUUAGCAUUGGGCCGGUCUUCAUGCCCUGCUGGCCAAUGUUCAGCUCUGGCCGCCAGGGAGCAAUUCUAGCAGCUCUUAUUUCUGGUCUCAACAUAAUAAAAAUGCUUCUUUUGGGACUAGGAUUAUGGAAGGAUGAUGCGACUGUCAAGUCUAUGAGCCGAUUUGGAGACCACAGGGAGCUUCUCAAGGGACCGUUGUACUAUGCCUUUACAAUCACUUUGGCUUGUGCUGUAUAUUGGAGAUAUUCUCCUAUUGCAAUUGGACUAAUUUGCAACCUUUAUGCUGGUGAUGGUAUAGCUGACAUUGUUGGCAGGAGGUUUGGAAAACAGUAACUCCCGUACAAUAAAAACAAAUCAUUUGCUGGUAGUAUUGCGAUGGCGGCUGCUGGUUUCUUAGCAUCCAUUGGAUACUUGCACCAUUUCUCCUUGUUUGGGUAUAUUCAGGAGAGCUCCCACACGGUUUUCGGCUUCUUGUUUGUGUCGCUUGCUGCAGCACUACUGGUAGAAUCCCAUCCUAUAAGCACCGAACUUGAUGACAACUUAACGGUUCCCUUAACCUCAGUGCUGGUGGGCAGUCUUGUUCUGUGAUAUCGGACUGUAUCCUUAUAUGGAUGGACCGUCAAACUUACAAAUGCUAACUGAAAAUGGAAAUUUUGUUAGUCUUAACCCAGGAUUGUGUAUCAGUAGUCCUGGUCAAUGUACAAGCCACUGCAUUACACAAUCUUGUUACUUUCUGUUGUUGUAGUACUUAUUAAAAAACGCAGAGAAAGUAUAGCAAGUGUGUUUUCUUAUGAAA